AUGAUCGUCGAAAGUCGGGACGGACGGGGAGGUAGCUCUGGAGUACGAGUACGUCGAAUACGUCGUAGGCAAUCUGCCGUUAUAUGGCCACGGUCGAUAGUUGACGAAGGCGGGGGUGUUACGUUGAGGACGAUGGGUAGUCAAAGACUGAAAUUAACCCCGCUUAUAUACGCAUUUUUUGUGUGGAUUUCCAUCGACAGGCCACAUAGUCCUGAAGGCCGCAUAGUUUUGAAGGCCGCAUAA